AUGACCACCAUAUUACAAUCUUGUCUUGAGACGCAGUUCUGUGAAACAGCAACUGUCAAGCUCAGAGUUGCUCCCUCCAAAACCUUGGAGUCGAGCAGAAGUAGUCCCUGCGACUGUCCAACGGAGGUCAGCAGUAAGGCUACGCCAAACAUGUCCUCCAACCAUGAUUCACGAGGUUGGAGUUUCCUACAGUUUCUCAACAAUGUUUCUUCAACUCCCAAAGAAACAAUGGAGAAAGAAAAUGUGUACGUCCAUCCUUUGACGAAGCAAUAUUCAUCCUCAAGACUGAGCGAAAAAAGCUUGGAAUUAUGCACUGAAAAUUUGGGGAGUGAGACGGGCAGUGAUAUCAUGGAUAUCAGCAUUUUGUCACUGUCUUCAUCCAAUUCUCCAACGAGCUCUGAAGAUUCUUGGAUAAAACAAGAAGGAAAGCUGCCUCAAGAAGUGGAAACAUCAUCAAAGUGUAAGGUGAAUAAUUCUCGAAAUUUUCCACCUCCCUUGACUACAAUAAGUGGUUCAAAUUCACUCCAAUUUAGACCCCACCGGGAAGAUGGAAGAUUAGUUAUUCAAGCCGUCGAGGCCCCAUUGAAACAUAACUAUUUUCAAGCCGAACGAAGCGAUGGCCGCCUCAGGCUAUCUUUUUUGAUAGAUCAUGCUACUAAGUUUGAGUCGCAAUUGACUAGAAUGGAAGAAGAUGAAGUUGAUGUUAGUGAAGACGAAGAUGAAGAUUGCUAUCAACUAGAGGAAGAAGAAGAUGACGAAGAAGGAUGCAAUAUUUUUGAUGUUGAUGUUGAAACGGGAAGGGAAAAAUUUCACAGGCUAAUGAAUACUAGAUGCAACGAAGGUGGGCAUGGGAACAACGGAUUGUGUAAUUGGCAGGAGCCUGUAUGGGUGGCUACAUCCUAA